AAUAUUUAAAGGAACUCGUCCCUUAUUGUCAAAUCUAAUUUCAUUCGUUUUCCCACUUGCGCUGAAUUUGUGUGAUGGAUGGGGACGAGGCGUUCGCAGUUCGGUAGCUUUCACAGAGCUGUACCUCAAGAAUUGAAACAGAAGUUGGCCGGAAGAGCCAGUGGCUUGAUUUUUCACUCUUGUUCCCUUUUAUACUCAUAAAACCUCUCUCUCAAUCUCGGGACGCCACGUGUUUUUCUGGUGGAAGACUUCUCUUUCCAGAGGAUUUGAGACUGAUUGCAGAUAAUCAAGAGAAGAUGCCUUCUGCCUCCUGUGAUUCUCUCCUGGAUGACAUAGAAGAUAUUGUGUCACAGGAAGAUUUAAAGCCACAAGAUAGGCAUUUUUCACGGAAGCAUGUUGUUCCAAAGGUGCGAAAGCGAAACACCCAAAAAUAUUUGCAAGAUGAAAACAGCCCACCGAGCAAUAGCACUAUUCCAGGCAUACAGAAAAUUUGGAUGCGAACAUGGGGUUGUUCUCAUAAUAAUUCGGAUGGAGAAUAUAUGGCUGGACAACUAGCUGCUUAUGGAUAUGAAAUUACAGAAAAUGCAUCAGACGCAGAUCUAUGGCUCCUGAAUAGUUGCACUGUAAAAAACCCAGCUGAAGACCACUUUAGAAACUCCAUAAAAAAAGCUCAAGAGGAGAACAAGAAAAUUGUGCUAGCUGGAUGUGUUCCUCAAGCCCAGCCUCGGCAGGACUACCUUAAAGGACUGAGUAUCAUCGGGGUUCAACAGAUAGAUCGAGUGGUAGAGGUUGUGGAGGAAACCAUUAAAGGUCAUUCUGUGAGACUACUUGGUCAGAAAAAGAAUAACGGAAAGCGGUUGGGUGGAGCGCCAUUGGAUUUGCCAAAGAUCAGGAAGAAUCCACUGAUAGAAAUCAUUUCCAUCAAUACUGGGUGUCUCAAUGCGUGUACCUACUGCAAAACUAAACAUGCCAGAGGGAAUUUGGCGAGUUAUCCAAUUGAUGAACUAGUCGAUAGAGCCAAACAGUCUUUUCAAGAGGGCGUCUGUGAGAUAUGGUUGACCAGUGAAGACACGGGGGCUUAUGGCAGAGACAUUGGCACCAAUCUCCCCACACUGCUGUGGAAACUGGUCGAAGUGAUCCCUCGGGGAGCAAUGCUGAGGCUUGGCAUGACGAAUCCCCCCUAUAUUUUAGAGCAUCUGGAGGAAAUGGCAAAAAUCCUUAAUCAUCCCAGAGUCUAUGCUUUUCUGCACAUACCGGUCCAGUCUGCCUCUGACUCUGUACUCACGGAAAUGAGAAGAGAAUACUGCGUGGCCGACUUCAAAAGAGUGGUGGAUUUUCUGAAAGAGAAAGUUCCUGGAAUAACUCUUGCCACAGAUAUUAUCUGUGGUUUUCCUGGAGAAACAGACCAAGAUUUUCAAGAAACAGUGAAACUCGUUGAAGAGUACAAAUUCCCAAGCCUCUUUAUUAACCAGUUCUACCCAAGACCAGGGACUCCUGCUGCAAAAAUGGCACAAAUUCCAGCACAAGUGAAAAAGCAAAGAACAAAAGAUCUCUCUCGGGUAUUCCAUUCUUACAAUCCGUAUGAUCACAAGAUUGGUGAAAGACAACAAGUGUUAGUGACAGAAGAAUCUUUUGAUUCCAAGUUCUAUGUCGCACACAAUCGAUUCUAUGAGCAGGUUUUAGUGCCAAAGGACCCCACAUUCAUGGGGAAGAUGAUCGAAGUGGACAUUUAUGAAUCAGGAAAACAUUUUAUGAAAGGGCAGCCGGUAUCAGACGCCAGAGUAUACACGCCAUCCAUCAGCAAACCAUUAGCGAAGGGAGAAGUCUCGGGUUUGCCAGAGGAACUCAGAAAUAGGCUUGGGAAUCACCCGAGUUCAGUAUCCCACACUUCUGCCGUCGGGCGAGACUUCGCGAGCUCCAGGAUGGCCCUCCGCUUGCAAAAUCUCCGUCGAGACCGUGCACUGAGGGUGUCCGUGGGCCUGGCUCUGUUGGCUCUUCUUCUCGCCUUUUUUUGUCAAAAUCUCUAAUGAAAACACAACUAAAUGAAACAUUGGAGAAGAAUAAAUUUCUAAUAAAAAUCUUCAAUGAACAGAACAGCAAUCACAUCAGUACUCCAAGAGCAGUCAUUUAUCCUGGUCUCCCUGCCUCUGCUCCAGCCACACUUUUUAAUGAGGCGGAUUGUGUCUCUCGUGGAGUUGGGCCAUUGGUUAUUUGACCUAAAACCUACUAACUGUUGCCAUGGCAUAUCUUUUAAAUUAAGCUCCUUUUGGUUUAUUUGUGGCAAGAAAUGCAAGGGGUUGCAUUUUCUUUCAACCUCUUGUCUUCAAGUCAGAACCUAAUUACACAGUCAUCUUUUCCUUGUGUGGGAAGAAUUUUGAAUUUCAUUAAACCUUUAAAAAUGUAUCUUUCUCUCUCUGCUUUGUUUGGAGUCCCGGUGCUACGAACAUCUUAUUUUUCACAGCAGAUGUGUUCCUGAAAAGUUUAUAGAGAAACCUGCAUUUGGAAGCAAGAAUUCUUUUGGAAGGCACAGGGAGAGUCGCCAGUUCCGGGGCUCUCGGCGACGUUUUUGACAAGUGCAAGGAAUCCCCCCACGUCUUCAGCACCCGCAAACUUUCAAAAACGAUUUGUCUAAAACCAGCUGUGCCCCUUUUCUGAUGUUUCUGAUUGGUGACAUCAAAUAUUUAUUUCUACCUGACAUCACUGGCCUUUACUAAAUACAGUGACUUAUUUCACUGACGUGAAAGGAGUUGACUUAUUAAGCAAUCUUACGAACAUCAGAAUUUAAAUGUUACUUGGACGGUAUGGAGUCACAGGGAAAUCGGGUGCCCUCUGGUUACCAUAGGACGCUUCAUCUUUAAACUCAUACCCUGUUCAGCUCUUCUUUUUAUGUCAAAAUGUUUCAGCCUUUUAUGUCUUUCGAGGCAUCCGAAUAAAAAUUUAAUUAUGUCAUCA